CUUGGCAGGUCACUUAACUGGUUUAAUUACUGUAAGGUGGAAGAAUUAACUUAGUUUAGUAGUUAAUCCAAACGGCGGUUAGAGGGCCAGGAGUUAAAGGGCUAUAUGUUUCGUAAGAUCUAUGUGCUUGUAGUUGUCAAUAUGUGGAAAUUAAUCUGACGGAGAAAAUUUGUUUAGAUUGGUCAGGAAUGGAUGCUCCAAUUUAUAAUCCAGUAAUUCCUUUUGUGGGUGCUAUUCCAGGUCAACUGUAUCCAGGUCGACUGAUACGAGUGCAAGGCACAACACAUCCAACAACUCACUGUUUUGCAGUUAACCUCCAGUGUGGCCCUAAUGUAAACCCUCGAGAUGAUAUUGCCUUACAUCUCAGUCCAGUGUUUACCCCACCACCACGCCUUGUGCGUAAUUCUAUUCAGAUGCAGCAAUGGGGAGUGGAAGAGAGCCAUGGUCCAUACUUUCCAUUUUCUCCUGGACAGGGAUUUGAGAUCCUACUCUCAACAGAAGUUGAUAGCUACAAGAUAUUUGUCAAUGGACAGCACUUCACAUAUUUUCGUCACAGACUUCCCUUUCAACGAGUAACACAUCUUACAAUAGAUGGUGAUGUCACUAUUACUCUGAUUAGGUUUGAAGGUGCACAAUCUUUAUCAGGUUUGAACAUGCCACCUACCAUGGUGGGAGCAGGGUAUCCCUACCAACCUGCAGCACCUUAUCCAUCCCAACAUACAAGCUUUCCUUCAUCAUAUCCGAACUCUCCAGCACCUUACCCAGUACAAAGUGUUGGCCAUCUGCCCAUGACUUCCCACAACAAAGGAGGACUGAUUGCAGGUGCAGCUGCUGCACUUGGGGGUGCUGGACUUCUGGGAAAGGGUGGAAAGCAUUCUGGAUCUCAUAUGGGGAGCUCUUCUCUUCCAAUCAGCUCAGGUCUGGCUACAGGUGCUGCUUUACUUGGAGGAGCUGCUUUACUCAGCAAAACAGGCAUUAUGAAGCCUAAAAAGCUCUUCAAACACAAAUAUAAGAAAGGUUGGUAUGGAAGAAGCAGUAGUAGUAGUAGUAGUAGUAGCAGUAGUAGUGAGGAGGAAUGAUCUCUAAUCAGUUGCAAACAAAGCUACAAGGAUAUUUUGUUGGAUCUUGUGAAAAGAGCCACAGCUUUUAUAAAUUUUUGUUCAGAAUUUUAUUUAUCUACCCUUAACAAUGGUGCUUCCAUAACACAGCAAUAUUUAAUUUGUUCUAAACCCUAUGAAUCAUGUUCUGUGUAGUGUUCACCCCAUUCUAACCUAAGCCAACUGUUAAAAUAGAGGAGUUGUAAAAUGUUGUUUUUUAGACACACUAAUAGUUAUGUUUCUUACUAUUGUGGACUUGUUUAUCAAACAGAAAAGUAAUACAAACAAAUAAAUGAAUUAUUUUGUAUUUUAGGCCAUUUUUAGUAAACACUAAUAAACUUCUUGCAUUUGGUAAACAGA